AUGCCAGGAGUGCGGCCCUGCAGCCCUACCGACAACCCGCUGCCCUGCUGGGCACUGCAGCCAGAAGGACCCAAGCCUGCCAAGCGCCGACGCCUCCACCAGUGCACCUGCCCGGGGUCGCAGGCACAGCCAGACCUGGAAGCGCCCACCAGGCCGGCCAGCGAGCAGCUCACCAGCACCUUGUUCCUGCCUGCUGGCCUUGCCCUGAAACUCCAUCUGGAAGGUGGAAACCUGCUGCUGGAGCCUGAGCCAGAUUUGGUCACGAGAGUGACGCUCCCUGGACACACCAUCAUCUUGGUGCCCGAGGAUCUCCAGGACUCCCACCAGCCUGGACAGCCUGGCUUCUUGCCCUCCAGCCAGCAGGAGGCCGCUCUCCUGGAAAUGCCCCAGGACCACCAGGUCAGCCUCCAGCAGGGAUCCUCCAGCCCAUCUGCAUCAGAUACCCAAGGCUGGGGAAACACCUCUGACCCACAUGAAGAAACUCAAGGAGGCUUAGGAGACUUCCUGAGGCCUAUGCCAUGGAUGAAUGCUCCUUCCGAACCCGAUUGGGACAUGAGAGUGACAAUCCCUGGACACACUAUCAUGGUGCCCGAGAAUCUCCAGGACUCCACACAGACUGCACAGCCUGGCAUCUUGACCACCAGCCAGCAAGAGGCUGCUCUCCUGGAAAUGUAA